AACACCAUUAAAUCCAGAAAUCUGAAAAUCAAGAAGAUACAUAUAAUCGCACACGCAUACCCUUCCAAGCUUCUAAAGAAGACGAUGAACACAAUGCUAUAACUUUGUGUAAACUGAAAAUUUGGUAACCCGAAAGGCAAUACGAGAGAAUGUCUGUGUUGCAGACCCACAAUUAUCUUCUGACCCACAGCUUCCCUCCCUCCUUCUCUCAUCAUCAAAGUCACUCUUUCUCUCCUCUAAUCUCAGUCCGCGCACCCGCUUCUCUCUUCACUCUGUCAGCUCUUCCUCGGACCAGGCCUGAUACAUGGCCCGCUCGAUUCCCCGAAUCCAGUAUACCCGUUGCUGCAGCAGAAGAAGAAGGCCCCAUUGAGCUGCCACAGACUUCGUCGUCUACCUCCACCAUUUUCGCUACAACCGACGACCCUUCUACUCUCCAGGUGGCCACCAGUGUUCUCCUCACUGGAGCCAUUUCUGUCUUCCUCUUUCGCUCGCUUCGCCGACGGGCUAAGCGCGCAAAAGAACUGAGAUUUAGAUCUUCAGAGGUAAAAAAGUCAUUGAAGGAUGAAGCAUUGGAUAACUUGAAAGCAAUGGGGUCAGUUUCAAUUCAACCUAAGUCCUCACCAUCCCCAGUUCAAGCAUUUUUAGGUGGAAUAACUGCUGGUGUGAUUGCCCUGAUUCUUUACAAGUUCACACUUACUAUUGAGGCAGCUCUGAACCGCCAGACAAUUUCAGAUAAUUUCUCGGUUCGGCAAAUAACAAUAACCGUAAGGACUGUUGUGAAUGGAUUGUGCUACCUUGCAACAUUUGUCUUUGGAAUCAACUCUAUUGGUUUAUUCCUUUUAUCUGGUCAGCUUGCAAUCAACUCUUUCGUGGGAGAAUCUACAAAUGAAAAAAAUGAAAGUAAAGGUGAAGAGCAGAUAGCAUCACUGAAUUCAGUGACUGAGAAUCCUUCAGAUAACACUGAAUUAAAUAGCCGUGAAGAGAACCAAAAUUCAGAUGGUAAGCAAUGAUGGUAGAGAGAAACAAACUUAAAUCAAAAGGAACAGGUUGCUGUUCUUCAAAUUUGUAAGACAGUUGUAUCUCGAAAUCUCUCACGCUCUUAUAUCAUCUCAUGUUGUUGAUGUCCAUCCUCAAAUAUUUCUAUGCAAUAAGAGUAUAUUGUUGCAGAAGAUGACAUGGGCGUAACAUUCUGAUAUCUUCUAGGAGGUUCAGGCCCCUGAGUUUCUUCUCCAUGUUGAGUUUAGCGUGCCACUUAUUUUUCAUCCAAUCUAAAUUAUAUUAUUCAUUGAUAUUUUUUAAGGAAAAUCUAUAGAAGAUGGAGAGACAUUUCAUGACCAUACACGUAUUUGGGAGGAUCAUUAUGAUUAUAAUAUAUAUUUUUUUAAUUCUGGAAAAGCUUUUAUGGUAAAUUUUCAUAGACCAGAAAAGGCUCUGGAAAACUGAUGAUUAUAUCCAAUGUAAUUCACGAAUUCAAAAAUCAUGGCAGGGAACUUGGUGAAA